AUGGGCGGCGGGCCGCGCACAUUCCCCGGCGGGCUGAACAAGUGGCAGUGGAAGCGCCUCCACGAGAAGAAGGCCUCGGAGAAGGAGAAACGCCUCCUCGACCAAGAGAAGCAGCUCUACCAGGCCAGCAAUCCGAUCCUCAAUCCGCGCCAAACUAGCCGCCGGCGAGUACCCGCCACCGCCCAGCAACGAUAUCUCCUUCCAAUUACAAUCCCAUGGCUCCGAGAGACCAAAUCAAAGCGCUCCCCGAUCCUUUCAACCGAGGUCUGA